AGUUAAAAUUGUUUAUCACCAAAAACCUCAAGGAAACAGAAAAGAAGGGAAAAAGAAAAACCCUACGUUUUACAUGGCACUGUUUCUUCUUCCUCUCCCUCUCACUUGCUCCACCUGAUUUUCCUCGCCGUCUUCUCCGUCGUCCUAAUUGUUGCUGAUUUUUGUUGUCGAAUUAUACUCUAUAUCGGCCUCUCAUAGCCACAGCUGUGUCGGUUGCCUUUGAACUUUAUAGGCUCCAAACAGGGAGUAACACUCUAUUGGUAGUUGGUACAAACUUCCCAUUGUGUUGAUACGACCAGAGUGUUAGACGUAGGCAUGGAAAUAAACCUUGCAGACAUUCCUUUCGACUUGGACUUCCAUCCAUCCGAUCAAUUGGUUGCAGCUGGUGUGAUCGGGGGCAAUCUUCACUUGUACCGUUAUGAUGCAAAUGCUUUACCCCAAAAGCUUUUUAAAGUUCGAGCGCAUGCCAAAUCUUGCAGAGCUGUUAGAUUCAUCAAUGACGGACGUGCAAUUUUGACUGGUUCCUCAGACCAUUCCAUUCUCUCUACAGACGUGGAGACUGGUUCUGUUAUUGCCCGUCUUGAAGAUGCACAUGAUGAAGCAGUCAGUAAACUGAUCAACAUAACCUCGGAAACGAUUGCUUCAGGGGAUGACAAUGGUGCCAUCAAGGUAUGGGAUACCAGACAACGUUCUUGCUGCAGUUCUUUCAAAGCCCAUGAAGAUUAUAUUUCAGAUAUGACCUAUUUAUCUGAUUCCACGAAGCUUUUGGCAACAAGUGGAGAUGGGUCUCUAUCUGUAUGGAAUCUUAGGAGAAACAAGCUCCAUGCUCGAUCUGAGUUUUCAGAAGAAGAGCUACUAUCUGUUGUUACAAUGAAGAAUGGACGUAAAGUCAUCUGUGGAUCACAAAAUGGAACUCUUUUAUUGUAUUCAUGGGGUUUCUUCCAGGACUGCAGUGAUCGCUUUGUUGAUGCCUCUCAAAAUCCUGUGAAUGCAUUGCUAAAGCUUGAUGAAGACCGGGUCAUUGUUGCAUCUGAGAGUGGACUCAUCAGUCUGGUAGGUAUAUUGCCCAAUAGAGUAAUUCAACCAAUUGCAGAACACUCUGACUACCCUGUGGAGCGUCUUGCUUUCUCUCAUGACAGAAAGUUUCUCGGCAGUAUUUCACAUGAUUACAUGAUAAAGCUGUGGGAUAUGGAUUUAUUGCAAAGUUCUGGAAACGCUCCUACUACUACGGUAGAAGCAAGUGCAAGUGUCAAUAGUUUUACUUUCACGGACGACUAGAAGAAACAAGAUCCAAGGCAAAGGACCAAACAAAUAGUUAUGAGAACAAAUUGUCAUUUUGUACUAUAUUUAGGGUUUAGGGUUUUGCCUCAUCACAUGUUAAACUAACUAAAGACGUUGUUUUUUUACAAAGUUUUGCCAUAUUCUCAUUCUCAUUUAGGAUAGCAUCAAUUUAUAUGAUCUGAAAGCAAACAAAAAUAAUUACGAUGUUGUGUUUUUUCCAUAUGGUGCCAACAAGAGAUUGUUGAUUUUCUCCUUGAAUCUUCUAAAAGAUAUGCAAGUCAAGUGCUUUGUUUGAAUUUGGUAUUA